AUGUCCACUUCCAAAGCGAAUACCCAAGGCUAUAACCCCGACGUCAGCGAGUCGCGCAGUGUUGAAGCAGGCUCCGUUGCGGCGCGAGCUGUUAAAGCGGGCUGGGGAGGUAAUGAGAGUGAUGUCGAUGUCGAUGAUGACGCAGCUUGUACCUCUUGGUUACCGGAGAAGAAGCCUGACUGCCCCUCUGGGUCAAAUGUAUCGAAACCACUUGCUGCUUCCGACAGGACCACCCAGACUCAGUCUGAUCAGAGCACUUGGGCUUGA